AUGACAAGCCAAAAGCCCUUCAAACCGGCUCUUAUUAUCGUCGACUUUCAAGAAGACUUUUGUCCACCAAACGGCUCCCUCGCCGUCCCAGAAGGCCGCACCAUCGCUCCUACAAUCAACACCCUAACAGCCCUCCCCUUCCACCUCAUCCUCGCAACCAAAGACUUCCACCCACCAAGCCACAUCUCCUUCGCCAGCAACCACCCCUCGUCGACACCCUACACAUCCACCACGACAAUCACACACCCGCGCGACUCCUCCCGCAGCUACACCACCACCCUGUGGCCCACCCACUGCGUCCAGGGUACCCCCGGUGCUGACUUGGUCCCCGAGCUGGACGUCUCGCGUCUGCACGCUGUUAUCGAAAAGGGCCAGGAUGAGAGGGUUGAGAUGUAUAGUGCUUUUUAUGACCCGUUUAGGGUGAGCGAUAGUGGGCUUGCUGGGAUGUUGGGUGAGCAGAAUGUUACGGAUGUCUUUGUUGUUGGGUUGGCAGCGGACUUUUGUGUCAAGGCCACGGCGGAGGAUGCGGUUAAAGAGGGCUAUUCGACAUGGAUAGUCAAUGAGGGAACAAAGCCUGUCAUGCCUGACAAGUGGGAUGAGUGCAGAAAGGGCAUGGAAGACAUGGGUAUCAAGUUCACAUCAGUCGCCAGCGCCGUGGACAAGUUCAAGUAA